GGUUGAUUUUUUAACCACAAUCUGGCAACUCCAUUCCUUUCGCAAAUAUCGCGAUAGAGUUCCUGUGUUCGCGCUGACAGUGCAGUGAAACAAGUUUCCAUGCUGAUGAUUAGCAAUUUCAUAACUGUGGGUGAAUUUACAGUGAAGUAGAAAAUGGCCUCAUAUUUUGAUGAGCAUGACUGUGAGCCCACGAAUCCAGAAGAACAGUACCGACAGAACGCCCUGCUGGAGCUCGCCAGGUCUCUGAUGCAGGGUCUUGACAUAGACUCCGGUUCAUUUGAUUUGUCGGAUUGGGACCAGCGGCUCCCGCCUCCUGCAGCCAAAGCUGUGGUUCAGAGUCUUCCUGUGGUCAUCAUCUCCCCCGAACAAGCAGAUAAAGCACUGAAGUGUCCGGUGUGUUUGCUGGAGUUUGAAGAGCAAGAGACCGUGAGAGAGAUGCCCUGUAAACAUCUGUUCCACACGGGAUGCAUCAUGCCUUGGCUCAGUAAGACCAAUUCAUGCCCCUUGUGUCGACUUGAACUACCCACUGACAAUCCAGACUAUGAGGAGUUUAAAAAAGACAAGGAACGGAGAAGGCAAAGAGAACACCGACUAGAGGAUCUACAUGGAGCCAUGUACACAUGACCUCAGCACCUUCAAGAUUUGAAUAUGGUUUCAACUUUCAGUUUGUUGGAAGUGAGAGUUUACUGCGCAGGGACCAGGCUUUGAAGUGAUUGCGUUUGUGUGUACUUGAAAACAACGUUUUUAAUAUUAUCACUUUUAAGACUGCUUUGAUUGGCUAUGCACUGAGAACUGUUUGUAUGAAACUGUAACAUAGCCCUAUAGACCUUUCUGAUUUCAUUAAACCUUUUAAAUAAAGCAGUUGCUUUUUUGUUUUAGUGUGAAAUUGUGUUUGUUCGCUCUAUGAUUUCAUAUUCAUUCGUUUUAUUCCCUGAAGAGAUUUCUUGCCUUUUAAGUACUGAAAAAAUAUUGUGCUGAUAAGCGAUGCCAUAGUUAAUAUAAUAAUUUCUAGGAUGUACAGUGGCACACUUGUCACUUUAGGCGUGACUUUCCCAGUUAAGAAAUGAAACCCUCCUUAUGUAAAACGGUAGACCUCUACCUCAUGAAAAAUGUAUGUGAUUUUUAGGUGUGUAAAUUAUUACAAUGAUUCAACAUGCUUGUACUGACUAAUGAUGGAGCAAAAACACUCUCUGAAUUUGUAAAAUGUUAAACUAUCUUUUCCAUAUUUUUAAAUAAAAAGUGAGCUUCGCUAACAUAGUGUGUAUUAUUUCAAGUGUGUUGAAUUUGUCUUUAAAUGAUCACAGACAGACGUACAGAUACACUUGUUUAUUUUCCAUCAGACAUUUUGGUAAUUCAAUAUAAACCUUUGUCAAAUAAAAACAUUGAAAUUAUCCGUAGAUCUUACUUAUUUACAGAAGUAAUGUAUAAAAGAAAAAUAUUCUCUGCAUUGUUUUUAUUUCGAUUUUGGAGUGUGAACCUCGCGUCAUUGUUGUUCUUAAUAGACACACUGUGUUGAUAAAAAUACUUUGAUUACAUCAUUUAAAGGCAUCAGAAAAAUAACUUCUAUCCAGACAACUGCUGAAACAUCAAA